AUGAAGAUGCAGAUGCAGACGCACGAAAGACCGCAGACGCAGGCGCAGGCUCAGUAUCAGACUCUAGGGUUUUGGGGCUCAGGCGUGGGCAUUGCGGCGGCAAAGAUUGACGCUGGACCCGAUGUUUGCCCUGUGGCCCGCAUGAGAUUGAGUCACACCAGCCGACAGCCCCAGGUCGAUUAUUGGAAUCUCAUCGGCGCGUCCCUCAGCGAAUGUAUAGAUAUGGAGUAUCUGCAUCAAUUGGCCGAGAAGCGAGAGACAGAUAGGCUAGCUGGCGAUAGGCAACAAUAG